AUGCAGAAACCUCUUACUAUACAACUUUAUAUACUUAAGACCCUAUUACACUAUACUAAGAUUAUUAGGCUAGUAAAUAGACUAUUACUUACUAUACUAAAGAAAAGUAUAAACUUUAAAUUAUAA